AGCAGCCAGACUGUCAACAGGUCUCUUUCUGGACCCGCUCGCCCGGUUCUCUGCGGCGGACCCUCGCUGGAAGACCCGCCGCUACCGGGACGGAAACCGCGGGAACCUCCGGAUGACGUCAUCCCGCGGCUGCUGACGCGGCCAGAUCACAGAGUCAAAAGGAGCUGCUCUGUUUGGACCCGAACCUCCCAGAAGUCUUCAGGGUUCCGAGGCGGUCCAGACUGGCGCGUGUGUCCCGCAGCAGAAGACCCCAUCCCCCACCCGCCCCGCCAGGCGGGUCGGUUCUUUGGUUCUGUAUGCACUGAGGCCCGUGUCCCUCCGGGUCGGUCCAGCAUGGCUGCUGCAAACUCCACCAAGGUCUACUGGCGUCUGCAGGAGUUCGAGGCGCACGCCCGGCCCGUGUCCUGCCUGGCUCUGGGGAAGAGCUCCGGCCGCCUGCUGGUCACGGGCGGGGAGGACUGCCGGGUCAACCUGUGGAGCGUCAACAAGGCCAACUGCAUCAUGAGCCUCACGGGUCACAAAACGCCGGUGGAGUGCGUCCAGUUCAACACGUCGGAGGAGCAGGUUGCAGCCGGUUCUCAGUCCGGGUCCAUCCGGGUCUGGGACCUGGAGGCCGCCAAGAUCUUACAGACUCUGAUGGGACACAAAGCCAGCAUCACCAGUCUGGGCUUCCAUCCGUUCGGACAGUUUCUGGCCUCCAGCUCCAUGGACACCAACAUCAAGCUGUGGGACGUCCGGCGGAAAGGUUACGUGUUCCGGUUUAAGGGUCACGCCGAGGCGGUCCGGAGUCUGGCCUUCAGCCCGGACGGGAAGUGGCUGGCUUCGGCGAGCGACGACUGCACCGUGAAGCUGUGGGACCUGUCUCAGGGGAAGGUCAUCACUGAGUUCAGAUCUCACUCUGCCGCCGUCAACGUGGUUCAGUUUCACCCCAACGAGUACCUGCUGGCCUCUGGCAGCUCAGACAGGAGCGUCCGGCUGUGGGACCUGGAGAAGUUCUCCAUGAUCGGCUCGCUGGAAGGAGACACGUCGGCCGUCAGGUGCAUGUGCUUCAGUCCGGACGGCUCCUGCCUCUUCAGCGGCGCCACAGACUCCCUGCGGGUCUUCGGCUGGGAGCCGGACCGCUGCUUCGACGUGGUGCGGGUGUGGUGGGGGAGGGUGUCGGACCUGGCCGUGUGUAACCAGCAGCUGAUCGGCGUGUCUCAUCAGCUGUCCAGCGUCUCCACCUUCGUGGUGGAUCUGAAGCGGGUGAAGAGGAGCGGCGGCUCGGCGCCGCACGGCGUCGCCCCGGACGACCAGCCCGCCCCGGUGAAGAAGGAGCCCGGGGGGGGCGCUCUGCGCCGGAGCUACGAGAGGCCCCCCACCACCUGCGCCGCGCAGAGGGUGAAGCAGGGGGCGGAGUCGGAGAGGCGGAGCCCUGACGGAGAGAGGCAGAGCGCCAGCGAAGACGAGGCGGACGAGAAGCUGUCGUCGGCGGAGAUCCACAACGCCGAGGACUACAAGGAGAUCUUCCAGCCGAAGAACGCCAUCUCUCGGACUCCGCCCAGGAUGGCAGAGCCGUUCCCGGCGCCGCCUGAGGACGACGUCGUGGUGGCGGUCAGCCGACAGCUGAAGGACGUCUCCCCUUUUCCCACCAAGCUGCAGACGCCGGCCUUGGCCUCGUCCACGCCCAUCCAGAGGGUGGAGCCCACCGUCGUCUCUGGCGUGAAGCGUCCCGCCGCCGUCCCGCCCAGCCAGCCCCCCCCUCAGAACCAGGCUGAGUCCAAACCCAGAAUCGUGCUGAGCAGCAGGAACGAGGCCAUCGGGCUGAACGUGGACGACUUCCUGUCCGGCUCCAGCGAUGGCGCCGCCCUGAGCGACGAGGAGGUUCUGGUGCAGAUGAGGAAGGGCCACGACACCAUGAUGCUGAUCCUCAGCAGCCGGCACCGGAACCUGCAGACCGUCCUCGCCGUGUGGGCCCGGGAGGGCUUCAAGGACGCUCUGGAAUCCUCCGUCUCCAUGAACGAUCUCGCCGUCGUGGUCGACAUCCUGAACAAGAUCAACCUGCAGCCGUCUCUCUGGAGUCUGGACGCCUGCACCAUCCUGCUUCCUCAGAUCGACAAGCUGCUGCAGAGCAAAUAUGAGAGCUACAUCCAGACCGGCUCCACGUCUCUGAAGCUCGUCAUGAAACACUUCUGGGGUCUGAUCUCGGAGUCUCUGAAGGCCUUGCCGUCUGUGGGCGUCGACAUCACGCGUGAGGAGCGACACCGGAAGUGCCAGCAGUGCCUCCGACACCUGAAGAGCGUGAGCGAGAUGGUGAGGAGCCGCGCCGCGCAGGUGGGCCGUCUGGGCAGCAGCUUCCUGGAGCUGCAGCUGCUGCUGGCGCCGCUGGACGAGGUUCUGUGACCACGCGGUGCUGCGGACGCUCCACUUCCUGCAGUUUAGAUCCUGAUGCUUUUUUCUAAAAUAAAGUCUUUGAAGAACGUUUGGACCUUUA